AAAAUUUAGAGCACAUUCUUGAUAUAUCUGAUCCUACUUUUUCUGAAUCAGACUCUGAAAAAAUAGGUGAAGACAUAUGCUCUAAAGAGAUAGAUGAAUCAAGUGAUAUAAAUGAAUUGAGUGAUGAAAACACUACAAAUAAUGAGUCUGAAACGGCUGCUUAUUAUAAUCUAGUUAGUUGGAUCAAAGAGCACAAAUCAAUAUUAUCACGACCUUACAAAAAUAUUGAUCAGCCAUCUAAAAAUAUCUUGUUUGAUGAAACUGUUAAUGAAGCAAAACUUUUUAUCAAAUUGAUUGGAGAGCAGCAGACUGAAGGAAAAAUAACCGUUAAUUAUAAGAAAAAUGAUAUAAUUCUUCUUUCAUCUCAUUAUUCUUAUGAACGUCUCCUUGCUAUUUACAACUCCAUAUAUCCUAAAAAGCUUAUUAAGAAAGAAUUUCAGUUAUUAAAAAAAAUAGCUGAUCCAUAUAAAUUCAAUGCUUGGAAUUUUCAAAUACUUCCUUCAAAAGGUCUUUCGGAUAAGAAACAAGUAGGUCUUUGGGAAAAAAUUUGUGAAUAUUGUCCAAUUGAGUUUCAAGAUGAACUUUUUAUGUGGUUGGGUGGUUGA